AUGGGGGCAGAGUCUGAGACGAUGAUCCUGUGCAAGGUGGCGAUGGACAGCCCGCACGAGUCGAUGCAGCUGCUCCUGACGUGCCUCUCGGACAUCUACCAUUUACGACCCGCGUGGCCGGUAGACGACCGGAGGGACAAGGUGCUGCACUCGUUGGUGAUGACCCUCCUGCGUGUCCGCGACGAGGUCCAGGGGAAGAGGAUUUCGAUUUGCUUCGAAGACCCCCACUUUGGCCUCAUACCUGUCAUCAAGGCGCAAAUGGUUGAGCGAUCUCGGUACAACAACUUCAACGUCACCAACCAGUCCGAGAGCGUGCUCUCGCGCUACAGCAAGCUAUGGCACCAGGCCUACAAGGGAGUCCCGGCAGUGCGCGACUGGGUAGACAACAACGAAGAGGCCCAGCUCAUCAUCCAGGGAGACAGAGGCCGCGGCGCGCGUGGGCGGGGCGGCGGAAGCAGCGGCGGAAGCAGCAGCAACAGCAACAAUCGGGGUGGGGGUGCCCGGGGGGGCAGUGGCGGCGGCGGCGGCGACGGUAGCGGUAGCGGCGGUGUUCGACGCGGCGGCGAGGAAGAUGACUCCGGGGACGAAAGCGACAGCAGUAGCAGCGUAGGGCCGCACGGCCUCAAGGUGGAAGGUGCGGGCUUUGCGGAGCUGGACGGGCGGUACUACAGGGCGAGGAUGGCAGACGGGGUACCGUGUUAUGCGCAACGGGACCGAAACGAGCUUGCGAGGGCGCCGGAAGACUCGUACGGUUUGGUGUACCGCGUCAAGGCGGACGGGACUUCCGCGGCCAGGCGCAAGUGGGUGAUCUGUCUCAUCCAGAGGACUCUCGGCAACGAGGGGCAGUCGCACGCCGACCAGAUACCCUUCUACGAGAACUACGGGGUCGUCGACAACUGCAGCACGCCUCCCCAGAAGGGGUGGCAGUGCGUGCCUGGGGUGCUGUCACACCACGAUGCGAACCGCGCGCCGGUGGUGCUGAUGGAGAGCGAGAAUGCGAUGGAUAUGGACGACGGCAAUGAGGACGAUGGAAACUUCGACAACGAUGAUGCCAGCACGGAAACCCCGGCGGCCAUCCCGUCCCCGCUGGAUGACGAUCAGCACCCGGCGGAAGACAUGGAUAUGAUGGUGGACACGUCCAACAACAACUCUCCGGCCAGCCCCGGGGGAGAGGGGAGAGGAGACGGCGGCGGUCUCGACGACGACCCGGCCACCGUGGUGUCGCGGCAGCCACGAAGGCGUGAUGGACAGCUGCACGACUUGAUUACAGGGACAGCCCCCCUCUCCACCCCCAGCACGAGCCCCACCGCGGUAAACCGCCCCGCUCCGCCCGCCGAGGUCCGCUCGAGAGGGAGAGCCAGGCACCUGUCCGGCACCGGACCCCGGCAGGGACGGGGUCAGGGAAGCAGCGGCGGCGACAGCGGUGGCGGUGGUGGUGGCGGUGGUGGUGGCGGUGGUGUUAGCGGCAGCGGAGGCUCGUCGUCGGCAGCAAUUUGAUCGGAUGGCGGGCUACUGCUGUUUUGGCUCGCUGGCUUGCUUGCUUUGUUUGCGCUGAUUCUGUGGCAGGGUGUGGUGGGAGUGCUACGCUACCUCCCAAACGCAAAGCAGAACGAGCCGUCAGGCGAGCGCACGGACGGGUGAUGUUUUAUUUCCGUUUCGUGAUGGGGGGGAGUACUUUGGGGUUUCGCUUUUUCUAUAGCCGUUGUUUGGUUGGUGGUGGGGUAUUUUUUUUGGUGUGCGUGUGUUUUUCGUGUGCGUGUAUUUUUGUGUCCGCGCCUCGACGGAGGGGAGUUAAGCCGCUGCUGGUUGAUGUCGUCGAUGGAUGGCCACAUCUGGUUGCGAGAAGUGGGAAAGAACGGGGGGGGAGGGACGGGCGGGGAAAAGAAGAGGCCCAAACAGGCGGGUAAGGUGUUUGCUUUUUCCAUGACGCGUUAAUCGGCCAGAGAAAUUACUUGGCGCCAUGGCGAGCGAGUGAGCGAUCGAUCGAAACUAUUAGCCGUGGUUUGUAGCAUGUCGCAUCGUGGAAGACGGGGGCGUUGGUGUUGGUGUUGGUGUUGGUGCUUGUGCAGUUUCUUCUUUUUUUCCCGUUCUCUGGUAUGUUUUGGGCUCCUGAACGUAAGAGAGAGACCGACAUGGUACUUGGUACUUGACUUGACCUUGACUCGGGUGUGGAACACUCAGGCAGGCGUCUUCCUCCUUGCUGUUGAGAAGGUAGGGGAGGAAAAAAAACGAAAGGACUGCAACGCCCACUCAAAAAAGAGAGACGCACACGAGGUGCAGGAGGGUGGUAGAGGUGAAUAUUGUUGCCUGCAAGUGUCCUCUGUCCGUCGCGCCAGCGCCCAGUCUCACGCAAACAUGAUACGAUCGCUGCCUUCUCCUUGACCGACUGACCUUUGACGAGAGAGGAGAGAGAACAAUGCAUUUUGUCAUGCCUGGUCUCGUCGAAUUCAUCACGAGCCACCUGUUCCGUCUGUUUCAAAUUUCGGCUCCACUGGUGUUACUUUUUUAUUGAAUCUGAUUUUCUGUAGUUUUGGUGGGCGUCUGCCGAGGCGGCGGGGAGCUCGGAGGGUGGGUGUUAACUAACGUGAAUUGGGAGGUUUUGCUCUUCUGUUUAGUUGUUACACACAUGGAUGGUUGGCAUGGUUGACGGUUUUGUGGGACGGGGGGGGGGGGGUGCUAGAGACAAGGAGUGCUUGCUCGCCGCUCAUGCAUGUUUGGGUCGUUUCGAGCAAAUCUCGGGGGGCGUACGUAGCCAACUCACAAGAGAGAUCCGGGGUUGCUUUUGUCCAGCUGACAGGUUCGCGCUCUUCUGCACCGCUCGGCAACUUUUUUUUUUUUUCUGCAUGCAAUGGAGCACCUCCUCAGUCACUGCCUGCCUGCCUUGUACAAAUGGCCGCUGCUUGACGGUCUGUUGUUGUCUAUCGUUGGUCGUUGAAGUGUUUCGGCCGCGAAUUUUUUCGUUUCUUUGUUCUGUUGCUGUUUCUCUUUGGGCGCAUUCGUCAGUCAAGUCAGUCAAGUCAGCGGGAUAGCAUAGGAUGGAAUUGCA